UCUAUCCACUAAGCCAAACCGGUUAAGGCCUUAGUUUUUUUUUAAUACAAACAUUAGAAGGCCUUAAUUUAAUUCUUCUUGAAUUGUGUGUCAGGCAUGUUCUUGGGUGACCUAAGCCUCAGCUCCACAUCUGUACCACAAGGAUCCAGGCUGGACUUUCCUUCACAGAUUCUUGUGAACAAAUUGAGGCGCCUUUAUGUAAUCCAUUGUCCAUGAGCCAGUGAUGCCCUGGAUCCUGGGAGUAUAGGGAGGUUGUAAGAACCUGCUGUGGACAGUCAUUCUGGGGCUCCAAACCCUGUCCAGUUUCCCCAGUGCCCUGUAGUAAAAGUAUAGAAUUUUCUCAGUGUACGUAGAUGUGAAAUAGUAUGGGGAAAACACAUUAGCCCAAUGCCAGUGCGUUGUAAGCACUUACUCAGGUGACCAUCUAUUUCUCUCCAUGAACAUCCAUAAAAACGUGGAGGCAUGGGCAAGAUCAGGGACCAAUGACACUGAUAGAAAGAAUGUUGUCUGUAUAUGAAGUCACUAUUUGAGCUGGAUCUUGAAGGAUGAGCCAAUGUGAGCCUAACAAAGUAAGACUGGAAGAGCAUUCCAAGUAUGGGGAACAGAGAAGCAAAGGCAGGAUGUGGGCAAGUGAACUGAGUAUUCAGAAAGUGGUAGAUGAGUAUCCUAAUGUGGCCAGAUUGUUGUUGUUUUUUGUUUGUUUGUUUGUUGUGUGUGUGUGUGUGUGUGUGUGUGUGUGUGUGUGUGUGUGUAAAGGAGUUUAGAAUGACAGAUUGAGUCAACAGGGAAAGGUCUACAUGGCUUGGCCUAAUACUGUACCCCCCUUGCUUGAAAUAGAAAGAUCAAGGCAGAAGUCGGGAUGGGAUCACAGGAAGGCUGAAGGUCCACAGGAAGCCAGAGGGGGAAGUCCCAUGUUCCCUGUCAAAGCUUAGAGAAACAUUCUCAGAAAAGAUCCUGGAGUCCACAUGUUUCCUUUAAAUACACUUUGUGUUCUGACCUAUAGUCUUCUUCCAGAAAAAAAAAAAAAAGCUGGCUGUGUCCUGAGGAUCAAGAUGAAUUCCUCAUUAUUUCAGAGGCCACCUUGAUCUAUAUCUCCCUGUGGAACAAAGCUGCUUUAUCUUGUCUACGUCCAAAUGACGUAGGAGUGGGAGUGGGCAACGCUGACUUCAGUGACAUGCAGGUGGGGGUGUCUUUGGCCUGUGGCCAAAGUGUGGCGCCGUUUCGUAAAACACCACACUGUGAGUGACUAUUUGGGGAGUAUGUGUUCUAUAAGAUGGUGGUCGGAACCAUGGGGUUGGAUCUCUUCAUGAGCUGAUUUUAUAAGAGGCUUAGAGCUUGGGGAAAUGGCCACCUCUGAUGGCAUUUAUGUAAAGACCCUUUGAACCUCUGAAUAAACCAGUCAACAUCCACAGCUUGAGUGGAAUCCAACCACAAUUAGGACUUUUGGUGUCUUUAUUGUGGGCCAGGCCAGCACUUUUAGAAAAUUUCAAUUAGAUGGCAGCUCAAUUCCAUAUACUCACAUCUGGAUAUUGGGGCAUUUCUUAAAAGUUCAAGAACUCUCCAUUUGUUUCAAAAAAUGUAUAUACAAAAAAUUAUGACUUCUGAAAAUACCAACCCCAGUGCCACAUGUUCUCAGCCAACUGGAGCUGAGUGCUGACCUUACUACCAGGACCUACCCGGAUUGCCACAGUCCCCCCUGCUCUUUAGUGUCUCAGCCCCAAAGGCAGAUCGGUUACCAUUUAUUGCCAUUUGUGUACUAUUGUUCUUCUUUUGGCUGAGUUAAGAAGAAAGGUACAACUUCUUGUGCCCAGAUAUGAAAAGGGAGGUGGCAAAAUAUAAUGAGGUCCACAUCUUCUUUGGCAAGUGAGUCGCCUUCUCUAUGUUUAACAUCAAAAUGAAAUAUGUCUGUUUUUAAGGAAUACAGCUGGAGUCCCCAUUAUGAACCAAAUCAUCCUCAUUUACAUUAUGCCCAUAAAUAAUUUAGUAGGAAAACCUAAGGGAGGUACUGUGAUUGUCCUCAAUCUGUAGAUGCACGCACAGAGGUUCAGAGAGGUUAUGUGACAGCUGUGACAAGGGUUAGGUGAAUGCUCUGUCAUUCUGGUAUGAGACUGCCUAUCAAAGGUUGACCAGAAUGAAGAUCCCAUGUGUGACCUGAAGGUGAAUUUUUUCAGCAGAAGCCCCCAGAUCAGGAACUCACUCCCUACCAGCCGUUCGGAGGCCCUGGAUUCCUCUGCCCAAUAGUCACUUCAGGUGCCUCAGUGAAAACAGAGACUCAGACACUGAGAUGUGUUUCCCAGCUGAUCCACUCAUCAACCCAACCUUUACUGAGAAUGGCAGGCGCUGGCUCCCUCCGAAGGGGCGUGGCUGGGAGGAGUGUGAAGAGAGCUGCACAGGUGUGUGCCCUGUGAACACCCUGUCUGCCUGGGCUCCUAUAAAAAGGGCCUCCCCUGCCUUGCACUGCAGAUGAGACUUGCUCUGACACCCGGGAUUGCACUGCAUCUGCAUACUCAGAACAAGGUUCCCACCAAACUAAAGACAUGCGGAUGCACAGCCUCACUUUGCUGUCCUUCCUCCUUCUGGCCGCUCAGGUGUUCUUGGGGGAGGGCAAAAAGGAAGUAAAGAAAAGAGGUGGCAGCAAAGCUACCACAGAAAAAACACAGACGCUGGGCAAGCCCUGGGAUGAGCAGAGAAGCCAGCCACCCAAGCACCUAACCAAAGGCAAGUUUGUCACCCAAGACCAGGCCGACUGCAGAUGGGUGGUGACUGAGCAGGAGGAGGGCAUUGUCCUGAAGGUCGAUUGCACCCGACAGGAUAACAAGUUUUCCUGUUCCUUUACGGGCAAUCCAACUUCAUGCCUGGAGUCGACCAAAAAGGGUGCCUAUUGGAAACAAAUCGGCCGGAGCCUGCGCACUCAGAAAGUCAUCUGUGGGGACUCAAAGAGCAUCCUGAAGACCAGGGUGUGCAGAAAGAAGUUCCCAGAAUCCAAUCUGAAGUUGGUGAAUUCUACUCUAAUUGGGAAGAAACCCAGCCAGGAGACAAUGGAGCCCUCUCCCAGGGAGCAGAGCAUGACCAAUGAGGCCUCCCUCAUGGAGCCUAACAAGGUCAAAGAGAACACCCUCGCUGGCCCAGCAGAGUCCUCCAUCAAUCCCGAGUGCCUGGAGGACCCAGACAUGAUGAACCAGAAGAAGGCAGCCCUGGAAUACUGUGGGGAGUCCUGGAGCUCUUUCUGCAAAUUCUUCUUCACCAUGGUGCAGAGUGAAUCAUGUUAAGGAGGUCAAAAGAGAACAGAGCUCCAUUAGGUGCAUGUCCAAGCCUUCAGGAUGCUGUAAAGCUCUCCAAUUUCCCUGUAAAACGAACAUUUCUAUGAGCGUGCAGGAAUUAAACAGAAUUUGUAAUUUUUUUGUUUUUGGAAUUUGCUUUAUAUUCAUUUCCUUAGGUGUGAUUUUCAGAGGUUGUUGACUGCAAUGUUUCCAUGGCCCACAAAGCUGUGUGCAUCUGAGUGGUAAUGACCACUCUUUGAGCUGAAUGAGCCAGAGGGAUGAUUUCAGUGUGAUGCACUUUUGUUUAAUUAACAAAAUUAAUAAAGCUCUGUGCAUUUUUCAAAAAUUUUCAA